AUGAACGGCCUCGAAAUUUCUCCUUUCAUCGCCGCUCUCCCCAAGGUCGAGCUACACAUCCACAUCGAGGGCACCCUGCUCCCCGCUCUCCGGUGGAAGCUCGCCAAGCGCAACAACGUGCCCUUACAGUAUGACACCUACGAAGCCCUCUUAGAGUCCUAUAAAGUAUUCUUCAAUCACCGUCCAGAGAUCAAUGGCCGCGUUCCCGGCAUCCCAACCUUCCUCGAGGCCUACUUCGCCGGUUGCGAGGUCCUCAAAACGGAGGAUGACUUUUACGAAAUGUCCAUGGAUUACCUCCGGCGCUGCGCCGAGAUGAACGUCCGCUACGUCGAGCCCUUCUUCGACACCCAGGCGCACACGCGCAGGGGCGUCCCCGCCAAGGAUGUGCUCAACGGGUAUCUCAGGGCUCAGCGCGACGGGGCGAAGAAGUAUGGCGUCAGAUCGAACUGGAUCUUCUGCUUCAUUCGCGAUGAGAGCCUCGAAGACGGCAUCGCUGCGUACGAGACUUCCAGACCGUGGGCGGCUGGCAACAUCGAGGGCGGCAAGGGUCUGUUCCACGCUGUUGGGCUCGCGAGCAAUGCGUUCAAGAGACCUCCAAUGCUCUUUGAGACUGCAUUCAAGAAGGCAAAGGAGGACGGAUUGCAUGUGACGAUGCAUUGCGACUUUGGACAGAAAGACACCUUCGAGCACGUCCAUGAGGCCAUUUUCGAAGUCUGCGGCGGAGCGGGCGCGGAACGCAUCGACCAUGGCCUCGACGCGGCGGACCGCGAAGAGUUGCUGCAGGGCUUGUUAGACCGGGGAAUCGGGUUGACGUUGUGUCCUCACGCAUAUCACCGUCGCACGCCGACAGACGUGCUGUUCCCCAAGAUCCGGAAGCUGUGGGAUAGGGGUGUCAAGUUUUGCAUCAACAGCGAUGACCCGGUGUACAUGCACGAUGUGUGGGUGGACGGGAACAUGCAGAAAGCGUAUACCCACUGCAACUUCACCAAGAAGGAUAUGGUGACGUUGGUGCGGAACGGAGUGGACAUGUGCUGGGCGAGUGACGAGGUCAAACAGGAGCUUUACCGGGAGCUAGGUGCCAUUGACACAUCUGAGUGA